CUGCUAAUAUAAUAUGACAUAAUAGGUAUUUGUUCCCUUUUUUUCCUGUUGUGCUGCAGUUCCAUCUUCCACACCACGAGGUGGCAGUGGUUUGGCCACUUAAAACUCAAAGAACAGGAAACGGAAAUAGCGCAUCGAGCUAGCGCUGUUAGCUCAGUUUGUUGCUACGAAAAUAGAAAGACAUUACGGUGUGUUUUUAUUAAUGUGUCGCGGUUAAAUACUGACUGUUUUUAAAUAAGCAGCGAUGCCUUCGCUUCGUCGUUUGAGAGAGUUGAUUAGCGAGCGACUAACUGCUGCCGCUGAAGAAAUAUUCACACACGUAGAGAAUUUAAUCGUCGAAUACGAGGAAGAGGUGGAUCGUCAGCGAAAACUGUUGGAGAUCGUUAGUAAACCUCGAGUCAGGUUACAGCGGAUAGAGCUUCCACAGCAGCACGUCGAGAAUGAGCAGCAGCUCUGUAACCAGGAGUGGAACUCCAGUCUGGACCAGGAGGAACCAGAGUCUCUACAGAUUAAAGAGGCCCCGAAGGAAAUCUGCAGCAGUCAGGAGCAGGAGCAUCUUGAAAUAAAGGAGGAGGCUGAUACCUUGAGAAAUAUCACAGAGCCUCCACAGCAGCAUGUCUAUAAUGAGGAGGAGGUUCUCACUGAGCAGCAGCUCUGGAACGAGGAGUGGAACUCCAGUCUGGACCUGGAGGAACCAGACUCUCUACAGAUUAAAGAGGACGAAGGGGAAAUCUGCACCAGUCAGGAGCAGUUUGAACUAAAGGAGGAGGCUGAUACCUUUAUGUUGUCUCCUGAUAAUGAAGAAGGUGAUCACAUGGAACCAGACACUGACCACCAGCUCCUCUCUCCUGUAGCUGAGAGUCAAGAUCAGACAGUCCACAUGAGAAAUAUUACAGGUGAAAAGCCCCAUAUGUGCAGCUUUUGUGAGAAGAGCUUUAGGUGGAAAUAUUCCUUGAUAAGACACAUCCGAAUUCACACAGAACUUCCAUUGAAAGAUGUUCUUCAGGAGGAGGAGGAGGUUCUCACUGAUCAGCAGCUCUGUAACCAGGAAAGGAACUCCAGUCUGGACCAAGAGGAACCAGAGUCUCUACAGAUUAAAGAGGAAGAGGAGGAAAUCUGCAUGAGUCAGGAGCAGGAGCAGCUUGAAUUAAAGGAGGAGGCUGAUACCUUUAUGUUGACUCCUGAUAAUGAAGAAAGUGAUCACAUGGAACCAGAACCAGACCCUGACCACCAGCUCCUCUCUCCUGUAGCUGAGAGUCAAGACCAGACAGUCCACAGGAAAAAUAUCACAGAGCUUCCACAGCAGCAUGUCUAUAAUGAGCAGAACUUCUGUAACCAGGAGAGGAACUCCAGUCUGGAGUCUCUACAGAUUAAAGAGGAAGAGGAAAUCUGCACCAGGCAGGAGAAGCUUGAAUUAAAGGAGGAGGCUGAUACCUUUAUGUUGACUCCUGAUAAUGAAGAAAGUGAUCACAUGGAACCAGAACCAGACACUGACCACCAGCUCCUCUCUCCUGUAGCUGAGAGUCGAGAUCAGAUAGUCCACAUGAGAAAUAUCACAGAGCUUCCACGGCAGCAUGUCUAUAAUGAGCAGCAGCUCUGUGACCAGGAGUGGAACUCCAGUCUGGACCAGGAGGAACCAGAGUCUCUACAGAUUAAAGAGGAAGAGGAGGAAAUCUGCACCAGUCAGGAGCAGGAGCAGCUUGAACUAAAGGAGGCCAAUAACUUCAUGUUGAUUCCUGAUGAUCAAGAAAGUGAUCACAUAGAACCAGACACUGACCACCAGCUCCUCUCUGCUGUAGCUGAGAGUCAAGAUCAGACAGUCCACAUGAGAAAUAUUACAGGUGAAAACCACCAUAUGUGCAACUUUUGUAAGAAGAGCUUUAGGUGGAAAAAUUCCUUGAUAAGACACGUAAGAAUUCACACAGAGCUUCCACAGCAGCAUGUCUAUAAUGAGCAGAACUUCUGUAACCAGGAGAGGAACUCCAGUCUGGAGUCUCUACAGAUUAAAGAGGAAGAGGAGGAAAUCUGCCCCAGGCAGGAGCAUCUUGAAUUAAAGGAGGAGGCUGAUACCUUUAUGUUGACUCCUGAUAAUGAAGAAAGUGAUCACAUGGAACCAGAAUCAGACACUGACCACCAGCUCCUCUCUGCUGUAGCUGAGAGUCAAGACCAAACAGUCCACAGGAGAAAUAUCACAGAACUUCCACUGAAAGAUGUUCUUCAGGAGGAGGAGGUUCUCACUGAGCAGUGGCUCUUUAACCAGGAAAGGAACUCCAGUCUUGACCAAGAGGAACCACAGUCUAUACAGAUUAAACUGGAAGAGGAGGAAAUCUGCACCAGUCAGGAGCAGCUUGAAGUGAAGCAGGAAGCGGGUACCUUUACGUUGAUUACCAUAGCUGAGAGUCAAGAGCGGACAAAUAUUACAGAUGAAAAGCCCCAUAUGUGCGACAUUUGUAAGAAACGCUUUGCACGCAAAAACAACCUGAGGACCCACAUGAGAACUCACACAGGUGAGAAGCCAUAUUGUUGUGAAACUUGUGGAAAGUGUUUUCGACAAUCGACGCAUUUGAGAGGUCACAAAACAAUUCACAUAGGUGAGAAUUCCCAUGUGUGCAACAUUUGUAAGAAAUGCUUUAGGUAUAAAUAUGUCUUGAUUAAUCACAUGAGAUCUCACACAUGGGAUAGGCCUUUUUCUUGUGAAACAUGUGGAAUGUGUUUUCAGCACUCUGAAAAUUUGACAAGACACAAAAUAAUUCACUCAGGUGAGAAGCCCCAUGUUUGUCAUAUCUGUGAGAAAGGCUUUGCCCGCAAAAUAAAUUUGAAGAUCCACACGAGAACUCACACAGGUGAGAAGCCAUAUUCUUGUGAAACAUGUGGAAAGGGCUUUCGACAAUGUUCAGAUUUGACUAAACACAAACGAAUUCACACAGGCGAGAAGCCUCAUAGUUGUAAUAUUUGUGAGAAAAGCUUUGUGCUUAAAAAAAAUUUGAAGAACCACAUAAGAACUCACAGGUGAGAAGACGCCAUAUACCAAUGACGUGGAUGGUCACAGAAUGUUAUGGAGCGUCAUUUAUUUGAAAACUGCUGAUUGAAAUUGAUUGUACUCAAUUCCAUUGUAAAUUGUUUUGAAUAAAAUGUCUGCUAAAUGA